AUGAUCGGCGGCGGGCGGGCGGCGGACAGCCAGCCGGCGUCCUGCUCGUCCUCGUCCUCGUCUUCGUCGUCGCCGUCAGGCCCCUCGACCGGGCCCCCCCGCGUUCACCGCAGCAAGAGGCAGCCCGACAUCCUCAACAUGCUCAUGGUAACUAACGCAAGCUUUGUCUCUGUUAUCCCUUUUGCGUCCCGGCGCCGGCGAGCCCGGCUGUCUGGCUGGCUGGUCCAGCCGCUGUGGGACGAGGACCUUUGA